CGGCUCUGUUGACAUUUCAUCAAGGUUCUCCAAUGAUCAUUUUCCAUUAAGAAUAUAAAACUCAAGAGUGACGUUUAUUCAACAAUUAACAAAUAUGGUGAUGCUGUUGCCAAUGGAAAGCAACACCUCAAAAAUCUUCUCCACCUCAAUUAAUUGAGUUUAACAAUCAAACCCUAGGCUCAGAUUUUAAUUAAGGUUCAGUUUGAAUUUUGAGACCAAUAAUUCUGGGUAUAGUAGGGAAUAAUUUUGGAGAAUAUUGCACAAACAAACCAUGGUUAAGGCAACAGGAAAAUGUCACCCCUUUCAUCAUCGCCUUCUAUUUUAAAGCGUUGCUAUUGUCUUUCUCGGUUGGUGAAGACAAUUGAUAUGGGAACUAACCGGCAGCAGCAUGAAAUUUCAGAAGGAGGGUCUGAGGUCCAAUAUCAAGAGAUGGUAGAAAAUGAAGAGAAAGGUCCAACACACAGAUUAAUAACUGAGAGCUGCAAAUCAAACAGCAUGGUUGUAAAGAAACGGCAAACGUUGAUUCCUGCUCACAUCAUAGCUGAAGCCAUAUCAACUAUCCCUGAUCUUGACAUUAGAUGGUCAGGUCCAAUCACACCAAAAGAAAUGGAAUAUGUUGAACAAUACGUGCUAGCAAAGUAUCCAGAAUAUUCAGGCCUCAUGGAAGGAGAUGGAAAUGGUAUAGACUUGUCUAGCUUUAUCAUCUAUGAGGAGCCAUCAGAACCCAUGAUGGAUGAUAGGGGCAAAUCACCAAGAGAGUCUUCUACAUAUUUGUUUGGCAGUAAUCUUCCUGAAAUGGAUAGGGCCAAGAUCCAGUUGGAGCCAUCAAGAUUACUUGACAUUCUCAACAAGAAAUCCUCAUUUCCUGGAAGUUUCAUCUCUAUCCCAGAAAUCCAAGCUCGUAAUAAGAUUCUGAAGCAUUAUGGGUUGCCUGAUGAAGAGUACUUUGUUCUCUUCACUCCAAGCUACAAGGAUGCUAUGAUGCUGGUGGGAGAAAGCUACCCUUUUGUUAAGGGAAACUACUACAUGACAAUUCUUGACCAGGAAGAAGACUAUAUCAGGGAAUUUGCUUCUUUUAAGGAGUCCAAGGUGAUCUCAGCACCCAAGACUUGGCUGGAUUUGAGGAUCAGCGGGUCUCAGCUGAGUCAAAACUUUAGGAGGAGGUGUAAGAUCAGCUCAAAAGGCUUGUUCUCUUACCCAGUUGAUGCAAAUGGAACAAUGCAUUGGAUUUCUGAGGCUCAUAGGAACAACUGGCAUGUUCUUCUUGAUGCAUCUGCUGUGGUAGUGGGAAAGGAUAGGCUGCAUCUUCUUGCACUUCACCGACCAGACUUUGUCAUCUGUUGCCUUGACAACACUCAUUCCAACCCUUCAAGAAUCACUUGCCUCAUAGUGAGAAAGAAAUCAUUUGAGAACUCAGCUGCUUCAUCUCAGGUAGUUGAAUGAGUACUUUCUUACGAUUUUAGAGCAACUGGCAAAUGGACAAAACUUCCAUGCAGAUUCUUAGGUGUUUUUUCUCUUAUCAGAAUUGGAACUUCACCUUAAGUAACUUAUAUCAAUCUUUAUGCCAAAAAACUACUAAGGUGAACUUCCAAUUCUGAUUGAAGAACCAUUUAAUAAACUGCAUUAGUUUUGGGGAUCAUUGACUCUCUAAAAGUCAUGAAUUUUCCGGGAGUACUUUUGUAGAUGGAAUAAAUGAAAACAUGCAUAUGUAUAAGACCACUUAUUACUGGUAGGAAGGAUUAAACAUUCCUAAUCUUCUGGUCUGUUUGUAACUUAAAAGCUAUAUAAUUAAUUAUCUUAGUUUGGUAUGUUAUUUCUGCCAAACCCAUUUCUUCAA